AUGUUUCUAAGCUCAAAAAAUGCAACGGCGAUCCCUCUGUCCAACUGCUUCCACUCCCUACCACUUUCAAAGACAACCAGCCUGUCUUUCAUCCUGCAGAGAUACUUUCCUCACGACUGGUUCUCGCAGCAAGGGCGACCCCAACGCCAACACCUCAUCCGCUGGGAAAAUCACUCUGCUGCUGACGCUACCUGGACAGCGGCCGACGAUCUUCGCCGGAACUUUCCUAACUUCUACCUUGAGGACAUGGUGGCUCUCGAAGCCGCGGCCCAUGUGCCGGUCGACGUCACCAACAGAGAAGAUGCGGAGGACAAAGGAAAACGGGAAAAAAAGGGCCUAAAAACCAAGGAGACAAAGAUAAGUGGAAGACCAAGACGUGGCAACAGGGCUCUGACUGGGGAGACAAGAUUCAAAGACUUUUAUCAUGUGAAGAGUCUGAAAGUUGGUGCUAAAUGUUCAUUGCUUCGUUCCUCCUCUCUUUUAGUUGUCUCUCCUCUUGAUCUCUCCGCUUGUGGAAAAGGAAGCAGGAAAGGGAUUGUCAGAGGUAGCUUUGAGAGUAGUCAAGGAGCUCAGCCCCUGACCGGCGUUGCAAAGGAGUUCAGAAGACUGCAGAGCACUCUGUUGACAAUCCAAGACGUGCUUGAAGACGCUGAGGCGAGGCAGGUGAAUGAGAAGGCGCUGGAGGGAUGGCUGAGAAAGCUCAAAGAUGUGGCUUUUGAUAUGGAUGAUGUCUUGGAUGAGUUCACGGUUGAGUUGGCUGAUGCUGAGAAGCGGAAGAAGAAGGGAAUGAAGGGAAAGGUGUAUAACUUGUUUUUUUCUCAGGUUCGUUAUAAGAUGGCUGACAAGAUGAAGGAGAUCAUGGAGAGGUUUGAUGAGAUCGCUAAGGAGAGUUCCAUAUUUGGUUUGAAAGUGGGCGCUAUCAAAGAAGAAGAGGUUGGUAAGAGAGAGGAGACUCAUUCGUACGUUAACGAAUCAGAAGUCUAUGGAAGGGAUGUAGACAGGGAGAAGAUUGUGAAUUUUCUGAUCAACUCGUUGUCAUCAGCAUCAAGUGAAGCUAAUCCUGAUGUUAUGGCUAUUAUUGGGCUAGGAGGGUUGGGCAAGACCACUCUGGCACAACUGGCCUUUAAUGAUAUAAGGGUGUCCAAGGCUUUUACUAAGAAGAUAUGGGUCUGUGUUUCUGAACAGUUUGACGUCAAGAAACUCACAAGAUCAAUUAUAGCAUCCAUCACUGAGAGUGAGUGUAAUCUCCAAGAUAUGGACUCAUUGCAGAGGUUUCUAAGAGAAAAGCUCAGAGAAGACAGGUUCUUUCUUGUUCUGGAUGAUGUAUGGAAUGAGGACCAGGAGAAGUGGGGCAACUUGAAAGAUCUGCUCAGUGGUUGUGCCGCGAAAAGAAGUAAAGUCAUUGUGACCACGCACAGUGAAAGAGUUGCUUCCAUUGUGGGCACCGUCUUGCCGCACUUGCUAACCGGGUUAUCAGAUCAGGACUGCUGGGUUUUGUUUGAGAAGACGGCGUUUGGUUUUGGUGGUGCAGUGAAAACACCGAACUUGGUGGCCAUUGGGAAGGAUAUAGUGAGCAAGUGCGCAGGGCUUCCUUUGGCUGCCAAAGCUCUAGGGAGCCUGAUGCGUUUCAGAAGAGGAGAAAGGAAUGGUUGGCUAUGA